AUGGCGUCCCUCAUAUCCACCAAAACCAACCACUUUCGUUACGCUUCUCGUUGUCUCUUAUCUCACCUCCUUCGCAAUCCCACGCCCACUUCCUCGCUUCUUUCACCAUCAUCACUCUCUCACCACCUUUCAACUCAACCUCGCCAGGUUGGGAAUCAAGGUUAUGGUAAUGGGUCAUUUAUGCUGUAUCAGAGACUUUUAUCCGGUACUGCUAAUCAAGAUAAACCACCAGCUGAUAAUAACAAUUCAUCAAAAGAUGAUUCUGGUAAAGGAAAAGAGUCUGGUGGAGAACAGGAACAGAAAAAUGAUGCCGGAAAAUCCAUCCGUGGAUCUCCGGUUUCUUGGUUGAGCUUGGUUUUUCUGGUUUUAACUGGAGCUGGAUUGGUGUAUUACUAUGAUCGCGAAAAAAAACGACAUAUAGAAGAAAUACAUAAUGCUUCAGAGGCAGUUAAGCAGGGACCUUCUGCGGGUAAAGCAGCCAUUGGGGGUCCAUUUGAGCUCACCAACCAUCACGGAAAACGUGUAACUGAAAAAGACUUUUUGGGUAGAUGGACAUUGAUGUAUUUUGGAUUUACUCACUGCCCAGAUAUCUGUCCCGAGGAACUACAGAAGUUAGCAGCCGCAGUUGAUAAAAUAAAGGAGAAAUCUGGAAUUCAAACCGUGCCAGUUUUUAUCUCUGUUGAUCCUGAGAGGGAUACUGUUGAACAAGUCGCUGAAUACGUCAAAGAAUUUCAUCCAAAGUUGAUUGGACUAACUGGUAGCAUAGAUGAGAUAAAAAGUGUGGCUCGUGCAUAUCGUGUUUAUUACAUGAAAACAGCAGAGGAAGACUCGGAUUAUCUUGUUGAUCACUCCAUAGUCAUAUACUUGAUGGCACCUGACAUGGGAUUCGUAAAGUUUUUCGGCAAGAACAAUGAUGUUGACUCACUUACUGAUGGAGUUAUUAAGGAGAUAAAGCAGUAUAAGAAGAAGUAA